UCUUCUAUUUUGUCACAAAUGGCAGCAGGAUACUGUACUUCCAAGUUUCUUCCUUUCUAAUCUCGGUCUCGUUUCUGUCAAGUGACACCGGUGUUUUGUUUAGGUGUGUGUCAAAAUUUUUAUAGUGGAAACCCGAGUGAAAACUAGUCUGCAACAUGAGUGAGGUUCCUAUUCAGGUCCUGGCAUUUGAUGAUAUGAUGAGGUGCAAUGUUGAGGACUUUUUGGCACUAUCAACUGAACUGGGUGAACCAAUGAUUGAAUUUGCCUUUAUGGUAAAAGAUGCUUUUGACAAGUCCCGAAUGUUAAUUGAAUUUUGCCUCUACAAUUCAGCUCCAGAAAAUGAGAAUGAAUUUUUUCUAUCACAGCCCCUUACCAAAGCCCUUGAAGUUAUUCAGAAAUUUCGUGAUGCUAACCCCAAAAAUUCAGCAUUUUACAAUCACCUCAGCAUGAUUAGUGAAAGUAUUGUGGCUCUUAAUUGGCCUAUUAUAAAACGAACGCCAACUCAAUUCAUUAAAGACAUGAAGGAGUCUGGACAGUUCUACGCUAAUCGUGUACUUGUUUCUCAUAAAGGCAAUGCAAAACACACCAAUUGGGUUAAUAAAUGGGCUCAAAUUAUGGAUGAAGUUGAGCUAUAUGUUAAACACUACUUUCUAACAGGAUUUACAUGGGGAGCUGCUCAGGGUGGAAUGUUACAACCAAGACUUCCACCACCACCCCCUCCUCCUCCAGCACCUGAGUUCAUUAAAGAUUUUGAAGCUGGUGAUGGUGGUAGUGAUGCAAGACAAGCUCUUAUCAAUGAGCUCAACCAAGGAACUGGCAUUACAAGUCGAUUGAAACCUGUCAACAAAACUGGAUCAACUGGAACAAAACUUGAACCUGGUAAAAAAUCUGUGGGUGCUGUGAAACCUCAGGCUAAAGUGUAUCCUCCUAAAUUUGUUCUUGAGGGUAGAAAGUGGGUUAUUGAGCAUCAAAAGGAUAAUCCAUCACUGACUCUUGACAAUCAAAUGUCUGAGUCUGUUGCUAUGUAUAGCUGCCAAAGUUCAUUCUUAGAAAUUCUAAACAAAAUUAACAAUAUUGUUAUCGAUUCUUCCAAGAAAGUCAGUAUUAUAAUUAGAGGGGAUGUCAUUUCCUGUGUUGAAAUAAUAAGAUGUGAAGGCCUCAAGAUUCAAUGUGAAGGAGUUGUUCCAUUAAUUAACUGUGCUAAUAGUGACAAUAUCCAAAUAUUUGUCAAUGAACAGUCAAAGCAUGUCCAGUUAAUUGCAUCCAAGUCUUCUUCUUUAAAUAUGUGUAUGAUGCAGCCUGAUGGAGAUUAUGUGGAAUAUCCGGUGCCUGAACAAAUAAUGUCUGUAAUAGAAAAUGGUAAAUUAAAAUCCAGUGUGGUGGAUAACAUUUAAUUUCACGUUCGUCAUUUUUCAUUUGUUUUCCUGUUUUGUAUUAAAAUGACUUUGCAUAGCAGUGGAACUUUUUUACUACAUUUUCCGAAUAUUGCUACCAUGUACGAGUUUAAUUUAGACUUGAUUGCUGUGUUUCAUUUUUAUUACCUACAAAAUUUUUUACUUAAUAUAUUAACCUAAUUUGCUGAUGUAUGAUUUUCUGAAACGAAUUUUGAAUUUCAUUAUAAAUGCAUAUGUAACUCAUUGUCUUUAAUAAAACUUUUUGAUUAAAUUUGGGAA